CCAUUUUACAAUGCAUAUAUCGCAUCUAAUGCCUAUAUGACCAGAUCACCAGACCAUUCAUUUAUGCUAUGUUACCAGUACCACUGGAGCAAUGGCUUCCCAUAGCCAAAUCUUCCUUAUUCUGAUGAUCAUGUCUUCUUCUUCUUCCCCUUUCUGUUUCGGUGGAAGUCGGAAGGAACUCCGAGAUAAAGAUGAAAGUUAUACACAGUCCAAUUAUGUUGUUGGAUCUAAAUCUGUGGACCCUAGACGUGUUCUUCAACUUUCAUGGCUACCAAGGGUCUUUCUUUACCGUGGAUUCUUGUCAGAGGAAGAGUGUGAUCAUCUGAUAUCUCUGAGAAAGGAGACUUCAGAGGUUAAGUCAGGGGAUGCUGAUGGGAAGACGCAACUUGAUCCAAUAGUUGCUGGGAUUGAAGAAAAGAUUUCUGCAUGGACUUUCCUACCAAGAGAAAACAGCAGUCCGAUCAAGCUAAGAAGUUACACAUCGGAAAAGACAGGUAAGAAGUUGGAUUAUUUUGGAGAAGAUUCUAGCUCAGUGUGGCAUGAAUCUUUGUUGGCAACUAUCAUUCUCUACGUCACAAACACAACUCAAGGUGGAGAGAUUCUCUUCCCAAACUCAGAGGUGAAAACCAAAAAUAGUUGGUCAGACUGCUCAGAGAGCGGUAACAUCUUAAGACCAGUAAAAGGAAACGCAGUUCUGUUCUUCACAAGACACUUGAAUGCAUCUUUGGAUCCAAGAAGCACUCAUUUUAGAUGUCCUGUGCUGAAAGGGGAACUGUUGGCUGCGACAACACUGAUAUACGCCAAGAAACAAGCAAGAAAUGAUGAGAACAGUGGUGAAUGCAGUGAUGAAGAUGAGAACUGUGGACAAUGGGCUGAGCUUGGAGAAUAAAAGAAUCCUGUUUAUAUGAUUGGCUCUCCUGAUUACUUUGGUACCUGCAGAAAGAGUUGUAACGCUUGUUGAUUCUUGAUAUCAUUCUGAUCAUAUUGGAAAUAAUGGCCAUACUGAAACAUUUUUUUCUCAAUUUCUAACAGAUUCAAAUUUGUCAAGCUCUUAAGUCU